UCAUCCCGGGUAGUUCCAGAUGGUCUGGUUUACACCGAAGUAGAGAGGACUCUGGUCAGAGGAGUGCAAUCUGUUUUCACAUGUCGCUUCGAUGGAGUCCCAUUGUCAGUCUACUGGAGAAAGGGCCCUAAUCUUGACGAUCUAAGACUCAUGGUUGAAUGGCAUGAUGGUGAAGUAUCAGGUCCAAGAUUCGAUGAUGGGAGUUGUGACGUGGACGCAAAUUAUUCCUUGAUCAUCAACAAUGUUUCAACGGCAGAUAGUGGAAGAAUAUACUGUACAGUUUCUAACAACAAGGGACCUCUGAUGAACAACUACACUGACAUUUCAGUUGUAGAUACUGCAAUCACAACAAAUCCACAAGCCACUUUACAGCUGCGUCGGGCUACAUUUGGUCUCCUGCAAUGCACUGUUCACAUCAAAGCCAGAAGAGUCUCUUGGAAGAAGGGAACUACCUCCUUGGCGGAUGAAAGUCUGGUUGUAAUGGAAAGCAACACAAAUAUUUCUGAAAGAAGUGGAGCUGGAUACUACGACGGCACGUACAACAUCACCGAAGAAUACUCGCUGGUCAUCAAGGAGUUACAGAUCCAUCACGAAGGUCUAUAUGUGUGUGAGGUGACCGAUGAUACUGGAAUGUCCUUCAGGAAUCACACAUUUGUCAAUUUGGUUGCCCAGCCUCUGGAACCAUUUCCAACUAUCCAGGAAUGUCUAAAUGUUGAACAGCACGACCCAAACUACUGCACCCUCGUCGCCAAAUCAGGAAUGACUCUUACAUGCCAAGCGACGAAGUACUACCCCUCUAUCGAUCUAGUCUUUUUAUAUGGAUCCAGAGUAGUUGAGCACUCAGAUACAGGAGAAUGGGAUAACAAAGAUGGAACGAAAAACAAAACCAUAACCAUCACUAUUGCCACCAGGGGGAAUAACAGAGGAUCGUAUAGAUGUGUGGCUUCCAGUAUUCCAGGAACUAAUGCAACUGAAUCCAGAUCUGUCGUACUCCAAGGUGACGGACAAGUGAAAUCAACUCUGGUUGUAAUCUUUGUUUAUUUUGUUUUUAUAACAUUCACCUUUUCAGUGGCCUAUUUCAUUUGGGAUAAGAAACGUAAGUGA